AUUUUUCCGCAUCAUGGAUGAUAACGGCAGCAAAUCUUUGGAUCUGGAGGAAUUUGUGAAAGGUCUCCAGGAUGCUGGGGUCCCUUUGGAAAGGGGUGAAGCAGAAGAGAUUUUCAGCUUCUGUGACAAAAAUAAGAAUGGUACCCUGGACUUCACUGAAUUCCUGCAAGCCCUGAGGCCUCCUAUGUCCAACACCAGGAAAGAGAUCAUUGCAAAAGCAUUCCAGAAAUUGGACAGGACUGGUGAUGGAUUGGUGACGGUAGAGGAUCUUCAUGGGGUCUACAACAGCCGAUCCCACCCCAAGUUCAAGAGUGGACAGUGGACAGAAGAUCAGGUUUUCGGUGCCUUUCUGGAGAGCUUUGACUCUCCUGAUGAUAAGGAUGGGAAGAUCACGAAUGAGGAAUUCCUGAAUUACUACAGUGGAGUCAGCGCUUCUAUUGACAGCGAUGAAUAUUUUGUCGACAUGAUGAAAGCUGCAUGGAAGCUGUAGUGGGGUCGAGAGUUGGCAUUCCCUUCUGAAGCGUAGGCAACUUAGUACCACAUAUUCAAUACGACAUUCCUGGGACCUUCUAGUCUAGUGCAAAGUAGGGUUAGGACUUCGACUAAUGAGAGUCCAGUAGACACAUGAUUAAAAAAGAGGUUCCUUUAAAUUGUCCAUAAUUAGGAUGCUGCAAUAGAAAGCUAACUAUAGCAGAAGGGAAUCUGGUUUUCCUGCCUUCCCUCCUUUUUCUUUCUGAGUUUUCUACUUAAGGAAAGUUUGGCCUUUGUGGAAGCCACUAAGCUGUAACUUCCAACUAAAGCUGGACAAAUAAAAGCAUUCAACUUCCAAGAUCCCUACUAGCCACAAUGGCUGGGAUUUGCUGGGAGCUGUAGUUUGUCAGCAAUCUGGAGAGACACAAGUUCCUGUGGAUUUAUCAGUCUCUACACAGAAGAACAUUUAACAUUUUCCAACUGAGUGCUAUGUGUUUGUCUAUCAGUGCAGGAUUCUAUAUCCUUGUUAGGCAUAGACCAGAAUAAUAAAACUUUUAUACUCUCUUCUGAA